AUGGCGAAGUUGGGGAAGUGCUCUGUUUUUGUUGUUGUUGCGGCGGUGGUACUGAUGCUUGUUGGGCCAUGUAGUGCUGCGGCAGGGGAGGAGAUGCAGACGUUUGAUAGGAAGUUCAUAAGUUGGGAUGACGCGAGGCUGGAUGCUUAUAGUCAUAGCUUUGAUUUUGACAACGGUACUGAGCAGCAGCAGCAGCAGGGGGAGGCGAGGCCGAGUUACGGCGAGGAAUAUUACAGGGGAAGCAGAGUGAUCGUGGUUGACCAGAACGGCGGCGGGGAUUCCGUCACUGUUCAAGGCGCCGUGGAUUUGGUCCCUGAAUUCAACACUCAGAGGGUUAAGAUCCACAUUCUCCCCGGAAUCUACAGGGAGAAGGUGGUUGUGCCGGUUACCAAGCCGUACAUCUCGUUGAUUGGGGACGAAGGCAACAUGUCCAACACAGUGAUAACAUGGCACAACAGAGCUUCUGAUUUGGACUCGAAAGGAAUGGAGCUCGGAACUUUCAGUACUGCGUCAGUUAGCGUUUACUCUGAUUUCUUCUGCGCCACAGGGAUCACAUUCGAGAACACGGUAGUGGCAGUUCCAGGAGAUUAUGGAAAUCAAGCAGUGGCGCUGAGGAUUUCAGGGGACAAAGCAUUCUUCUACAAGGUCAAGAUCAUAGGUUCACAGGACACGCUGCUGGACGACGCCGGAUCGCAUUACUACUACCAGUGUCACAUUCUGGGCAGCAUUGAUUUCAUCUUUGGCCGGGGCAGGACGCUGUUCCGCGACUGUGUGGUGGAGUCGAGAGCCAAGCACGGGCAUGGCGGAGCAAUCGCAGCACAUCACAGGGAUGCGGCGGAGGAGGACAGUGGUUUCUCGUUCGUCGGUUGCUUGAUCAAAGGGACUGGGAAGAUUCUGCUGGGUAGGGCAUGGGGCAACUAUUCAAGGGUCAUCUAUUCCUACUGCAAUAUUCAGGACAUGAUCACACCAGAAGGAUGGGGUGACUUUAACCAACCUAGCAGGCGACAAACUGCAGUUUUCGGAGAGUACAGAUGCAUGGGAAGAGGAGCAGAUACAAGUAGGAGAGUACCUUGGUCAAAAACCCGCUUGAAUUUUCAGCAAGUCAAACCCUUCUUGGACUUGAGAUUCAUAGAUGGACACCAAUGGCUGAGACUGUAG